GUUGACAAAUUGAUUUGAAGUCUAAUCAGUUGUAAAUAUAUUUGUUUUCAUUUGUGACCAACUGUUUUUGUGAUGUCUUCAGAGAUGAAAGUGGUAGAGGGCUUGUCAUCAAGAGAUCCACAUAUUCGUAAUGUCAUGCUUUACGAAUAUCGUCGCGGAUCAACUGCAUCAGAGACACUGAAGAAUAUCAAUGAAGUGUAUCCAAAUGCUGUGUCAAGAAGUAGGGUAUACGAGUGGUUUCAGCGAUUUAACUCUGGAGACUAUUCUUUGGAAGACAAAGAAAGAUCGGGUGCGCCACCAAAGGUUGAUAACGAUGUCCUCAGUUACCUGAUAGAGGAAGACCCGAAGAUGAGUACCAGAGAGAUUGGUCAACUAUUUGAGGUCAAUCACCAAACAAUUAUCAAUCACUUGGGAUUGAUUGGGAAGAGAUAUUUGGCAGGUGUUUGGGUGCCUCAUGAGCUGACACCCGCACAAAAGGCUCAACGGGUUACCAUUUGCCAAUCACUGCUUUCUCGUAACCGAAGAGAACCGUUUCUUCAUCGAAUUGUCACUGGUGAUGAAAAAUGGGUACUAUAUGUUAAUGUGACACUGAAAGGCCAAUGGCGAAGUAUAGGACAAGCACCAAUUCCGACUGUAAGACCCGAUAUUCAUCAGCGGAAGGUUAUGCUAUGUAUUUGGUGGUGUACUAAAGGUGUCGCCCAUUGGGAACUGUUGGACAUUGGCCAAACAUUAGAUAGUAUAGUCUAUUGUCGACAACUCGAAGAUUUACAGACAUCUUUACUUCGAAAAUACAGAAAUUUGGUUAAAAGAAGUGGUGUUAUGUUCCAUCAGGAUAAUGCUAGACCACAUGUUUCUAAUAUCACCCGCCAAAAGUUGGAAACACUUGAAUGGGAAGUUAUGCCACACCCACCGUAUAGCCCAGAUAUCGCACCGUCUGACUACCAUUUGUUCCGGUCUUUGCAGCACUUCUUGGACGGCAAACGUUUCAAUAACAAAGAGUCGGUAGAAACUGCCAUCAAUGACUAUUUGGCCAAUAAAGACGAAGACUUCUUCAGCAGAGGUAUCAAUCAGUUACCAAUCAGAUGGCAGAAGAUUAUCGAAAAAGAAGGCGAAUAUUUGAUCAAUCAAGACUUUGACAUAGAUGAAUAA